ACUUGACAAUGAUAUAUAUAAUACAGCCUUGAAAGCCCUUCAAGAAAGUCUCCUUUUAUUGCACAAAAAAAAAGGAAAAAAAUAGUGAUGUGCAAGAGCAAAAAGUAGUGAGAGAUACCGGAGAAGAAGAAAAAGAAAGAUCACAAAUUUGUGUUGAGAGAGGAGGUGAAAAAUAAUCAUCAGUAGUACUAGUAGCAAAUGAUGGCUGGAAACCCUACUAAUUGGUGGAGCAUGAUCAUGAAUGGAAACAUGCAUCCACAAUUAUCUCAUGAUCAUGAUCAACAUAAUUCUUCUUCUAAUUCUAAUUCUUCACAUUUUUAUGGAGCUCAUAAUCCAAAUCAAGAUUUUCCUCGUUCAUUGAGCCAACUUCUUAUGAGUGGAUUUUCUGGUGAUGAAGAAAAGUUUGGUAUUAGUCCUUUUCAUGAGGCUGGGAAUUCAGAAGACCAAAGUUUGAAUUCCGUCCAUCCAACAUCAUCAACAACUAAUUUUAGGGUUCCUGUUGCUGAUGUAAAGCCAGAAUUGGCCCAAUUGUACGACUUUCAUCAUCAUCAUCAUGUCCACAACGAAUUUCAAACAUCCUCAUCACUGCAACAAAAACUCGAAUUAGAUACUGAUCAUUUUACCAGACCUUUAAUUGCUUCUAAUUGGUCUCAACAAGAUUUGUCUUCACCAGCUAGCUCUUGUAUUACAACAGGUUUAAGUCAUAACCUUUUGAAUUUCUCUAACAACAAAGGGGAACAUAAGCAUCAACAUCCAGAUCAUAAUUCAACUGAGUGUAACAGCACAAGCAGUGGUGGGAUUAGUAAGAAGGCUAGGGUUCAACAAUCUUCAGCUCAACCAUCUCUAAAGGUAAGAAAGGAGAAGCUAGGAGAUAGAGUAACAUCACUCCACCAACUUGUUUCUCCAUUUGGAAAGACUGAUACAGCCUCCGUCCUAUCAGAAGCUAUUGGCUACAUCAGAUUCCUUCAGGCUCAAAUUCAGGCAUUAAGCUCACCAUACCUGGGCAAUGCAUCAGGAAGCAUGGGUCACAUUCCCCAACAAUCACUGAAUGAUUCUCAGCACAAAGCGAUGGAUUUAAGGAGUAGAGGGUUGUGCUUGGUUCCUAUUUCUUGCAUGGCAAAUAUAGGAAGUGACACCGGCGCCGAUUACUGGGCUCCGGCUCUCGGAGGAGGAUUUUGAUGUUACAAGUGUUUAUUCUGAUUGGAUUUAAGUUAUAUACACUGACAAUAUAAAAAUACCGAGGAGUCAACAAACUGAUGAUAAGACGGAUCGGAGCCUCUGUGUCCUCAUGGAAUGAAUGAUAUAACAUCACAAAGCAGUCAUUCUCAGUAUGGAAGUCAUCAGAGCUGACUGUUUGUGAUGCUAUUUUGCAUUUGAAAUCGGGUCAAAGAUAAAGUGGUAUUGUCCAAUGUACAAUAUGGUCCUAUUUUCUUGAAUUUCAUGAAUAAUCAUACUACCUUACUAGGUAGUUCAUAAGUGUUGUAUAUGUAACUUGGAAAUCCAUAGGUACAAUCAACAUAUCGUUUC